UCUGCAUGCUAGGCCCCGCCCCACCCUUUGCAGGACGUCACCGAGGACUGCAGGCGCCGAGCCGCCGCCGCGCAGCCACCAUCCGCGCCGGGCCCCCGCCACCGCGCAGUCCUCCAGGUCGCCGUCGCCAGGUAGCCACCGCUCGGGUGCAGGGCAAGAUGGCGUCCGCCGCCGACUCGCGCUUCGGGCAGAAGGAGUCGUCGGACCAGAACUUCGAUUACAUGUUCAAGAUCCUCAUCAUCGGCAACAGCAGCGUGGGCAAGACGUCCUUCCUGUUCCGUUACGCCGACGACUCGUUCACGCCCGCCUUCGUCAGCACCGUGGGCAUCGACUUCAAGGUCAAGACGGUGUACCGGCAGGACAAGCGCAUCAAGCUGCAGAUCUGGGACACGGCCGGCCAGGAGCGGUACCGCACCAUCACCACAGCCUACUACCGGGGGGCCAUGGGCUUCAUCCUCAUGUACGACAUCACCAACGAGGAGUCCUUCAACGCCGUGCAGGACUGGUCCACCCAGAUCAAGACCUACUCCUGGGACAACGCGCAGGUGCUGCUGGUGGGGAACAAGUGUGACAUGGAGGAGGAGCGCGUGGUGUCCUCCGAGCGCGGCCGGCAGCUGGCCGACCACCUGGGGUUCGAGUUCUUCGAGGCCAGUGCCAAGGACAACACCCACGUGAAGCAGACCUUCGAGCGGCUGGUGGACGUGAUCUGCGAGAAGAUGUCGGAGUCCCUGGACACGGCGGACCCCGCGGUGACGGGGGCCAAGCAGGGCCCCCAGCUCACGGACCAGCAGGCGCCCCCGCACCAGGACUGCGCCUGCUGAGGCCGCCCCCCGCCCCGCCCCGCCCCGGCCCGGCCCCAGCCCCGGCGUAGCCAAUUAUUUAUUUACUUACUUAUUUAUGGGCCGCGCCCCGGGGCCUGCACAUACAGCUCUGCCCUGCCCUCGCGGCCCUGCCCUCGCCCCUCCUCGCCCCUCCCGCCCCUUUUUUAAGUCGCCCCAGACACUCACCGGCUUGGAAGAAGCGGCCGGGGGCCGCCCCGGACGUGGGGACACGCAGCCCUGGUGUGGCCCCCAGACCCAGUUGUGACCUGCCUAGGAGGGGGGGCUGCUGGGGACCCCGCCCCAUGCUGACCUCAGAGUGUCACCCGCCCCCGAUGUGAUGUCAUGACCACAGCACCCAAUAAAACCAGUGACAACCAGG